AUGUAUCAGAAUAAAGAGUCUCCAAGGGUCAUACGGGGCUUGAAUCAAGGUUCAGAAAGUAUGUUCCACCAGCCCUACACACCGACCCUUCAGCAACCUCCGUCUUUGAUGCCGCAGCAACAGCAAGGGUCCCCAUUUUCCGCAGGAGGGGACUUUGUAUCUACACGAAAAAAUUCCACGGCUAGUGUUGCUAGCCUGGGCUAUCAGUCGGUGCCUCAUACGCCGCUCAACCAGCGGCCGCCUCCGCCUGGCGAGGUUUACAUGCAUCAUUUUGGGUCGAUAUCGUCUGUCUGCACCACCGACGACGAAGAGUUCAAUGAGACUAGCCACAAAUGGCUUGCUGAACACGACGCUAUUCUCGCAGAUCAACUGCGUGCGUACGUUGACGACCCUACGACCGCUCCAUUCUCUGGACGAUACCCUCCGUCUGGAGUUAUCCAGAGAGUGGCGAAAAACACCAUCAAAGCUGCCACCAUGCAGCGCAUGCAGUUUCCGCAUAGCGCUCGGGCAGUCCGGCGAAGACUCCUUCAACUGGCUGCAUUAGAAGCCGAAAAUAUGGGCCCCGAUGCAGUGCCUUCUAGCCGAUUGCAGCCUGCAAUUACAAACUUUGGCGAAGGCUACUUUGAAUCUAAUAUGGACCUUUGUGACGAGGCAACGGCGGUUCUGGCUGAGUCCGAUCGGCUAGCUGCGCUGGACACUGCAACCGAAAACUCUAUAAAUUACACUGAAGGCUCACAAUCGGAUGCGAAAAUUGGUGCAGAACCAUUGGGUGGUUUGGACAGACAAUCACGAAGUCGCGUGCCUCCUCUCGACCUGAGUCUUGAAGAUCGUUUUGAAAAUUAUGACGAGGAUUUCCACUUUGAUGAAACGCCGCGGGCUCGGCAGAAUUGGAAACAAGGAGCUUAUCCUCGUGACUUUUCUAACGUUCCGCUAGCUUCGCCGUUCAAAGAAGCGUUUACUCUACCCAAGAACACUGCCCCUAUGGGUAGUCCACUUGACGACGCAGAUAUUGAAGGGUUCAACGAUGAUGUGUUGAACCUUGUAGCAAAACGCAAGCGAGACAGUCUACGCAUGAAGCGUGGCGCUCGACCCAGUUAG